AUAGGCAUGUGUUCCGACUUAAGAACGUCCUCAGGAAUGGAACCCGUUCAUAACCCGGGGACCCCCUGUACUUCCAAAAUUCACUAUCCUUGGGGUGGCAGAUAAUUUGAAACACAGCUCAAAGGUUAAUCUGAAAUGUAAUGAUGAGUCAGAGGAGCUUUAAAGCUAGGCUGGCACAUUACUCCAGCCACGGGUCACUCCCAUUAUAUUGUGUUAGCCUUUAUUUGCAGUAUUUUGUGGAUAUACUUUAUACAGUACAUAAUGAGUUAAUGAGAGAGUGAUGUGGCGCCUGGUGCUUCAGGUCACUGUAGACGGUAAGUGAGAGAUGUUGACCAGUGGAGAAAAGAAGAUUGAUGGUAUCUGCCACCACACUAUUGGUCCAGUGUGUGAGCGUGGGUGUUUUGGUAAACUGAGCGUGGACAAGAUAAAGAGAGAUAUUUGACAAAUUUUGGAAAUAUAUAGGAGAGUGGCAGUGAUACAGCAGCCAUCAAGUGGAAAGAAGCUCCUGACAAUGAAUUGAGUACAGUAUUAGUUACCAACAUCAGGCGAGCAAGAGAACAUCACCAGCAUAUUUAAGUACCGUACCACAAUUUAUUUACUGGUAAUUACACAUUAACCCACAUAAUAUUAAUGAGAGUAAUUGUUUUUAUAAUUUACUGUACUGUGUUAAAAAUCAUUGAUUUAUUAUGUACCAUAUACAGUAAGGUUGCAUUCCUGAAAAUCAUAUCGUAAUUCAAAUGACCGUACAGUAAAUCAAACUGUAUUAUCUAUUGACUACCGUUAUUAAUAGGGGUAUACGUUCCUCGGAAAAUGAAGAACUCUCCAAUACGUAAUAAAAUGACACUUUGCAACACAGCCUAAAUUUAUGCAUGCAUACAAAUUUAAAAUGGAGUGUACAUAGGCAACAACUGAAUAAAAAACAAGAUUCUAAUUUGUUUAACAAGUGCCACAGUCGACCAAGAUAAUCCUAAAACUUGACUGAUGACUAAGUGUGUUUUCACCGGCCUAAAUGUGCCUCAUCACCUUCAACUUAAUAUUUAAAGUAGUGGCCACUUAAGGUAUUGCUGCUGCUCAUUUCACCAGCUGGUUACUUUCCCUACAUCUCCAAGUAAAGUAAAUCACUUGAAAAUGCAAGAAAUUUCUGGUGAGUUAUGUCGAAGCGAGGAACCGGUUUUGAAAGAUUUCGUUGGCUUGUAAACACUUUUGGUAUGACCUACCGUUGCCAUUCAAUCUGUCGGGAACAUCUGGAACAUUCAUUUUCUUUAUAUUCAACGGGUAACCGCUUGUUUUCUUCUCAUAAAAGUCAAUGUGAAUUAAAAAAAUACCAUAAUCAAAUUUAUUAUAGAUUGAAAUAAAUGUGCGUGUACCUUAUUUACUGUACUGUAUGGUCAUAGAAAAAAAUAUCGUACAUCGAGGUAUACUUGAAUAUCUGCCUCUCAAUUUAUAUGAAUUUAAUAUAAGCAUUUUUUGGAAUAACACUGGUGUUGUAUUUAUACCAUUUGUUAACUUAUGUGGAAUUUUUCGGGGGAUUUACAUGUUUUGAAUUGAACACCAAACGGUCACAGGCUGGCAUCAUAGUUGAGUGAGCGCGUCGGCAAGGUACGACACUUGCAGCAUGAGGUAGGAUUAGCAUGCUGCAGCCUCACAACCAUUGUCAGAGUGAAAGUGAUUGUCUAUGCCAUUUCAUUUUUGUGUAACUUUUGGCCCUUCCUAUGACUGGCAAAUGCCCAACUACAUCCAAGGAAGCCACUUAGCCCCAGAAGCAGCAAAAGGCCAUCACUGUUGGUGUUAAAUUAGGAGUAAUAAGCUGCAUUGAGAGAGGACAACAUGUAGCUGCCCAUACUUGGCCAGGAGACGUCUUCACCUGUCACUUCUCACCACCAUCACCUACUCGGUUAUCUGACCCAGAUGACCCACUUCAAGCCAUCGGAAUUAACGUUCAAUGUGUGAAGGAAGAGUAGAGCCAUGGAGAGUAAAGGAUUGCGUAGAAGAAGAGGCCGGCCGAGGAAGAAACCAAAGAUUGAACCGGAAGAAAUGGUUUCAUACGAGGAGCUACAAGCUAAGGUGCAGAUUUUAGAAGAAAAUAAUAAGAAAUUAACCAAACUUCUUUCAAGGGGUCCAGUGUCACCUAUGGUUUAUGAAACUGAGAAGUUAGAAAAGAGAAAGAAAACAAAAAAUAUUGCCUGUUACCCAAAGCGACAAGUACUUCUGAAGAUUGCUUACCUUGGAUGGGACUACCAGAGCUGUGCAUCUCAGGAGGAUAUACAAAAGACUGUUGAAGAUAAACUGCUGCAAGCCCUCCUGAAGAUUAGCUUAAUAGAUGCUCUUGACACUUCUAAAUUUCAAAGAUGUGGAAAAGCCAGUCAAGGAUUUAACUCAUUUGACCAAGUUGUUUCCAUUGUUCUUCGUAGUCGUCUGGCUUCUGGUCUCGGUGUUAUUCCCUUUGAGAGAAAUGGAGUGACAAUCAAAGAAGAACCACACGACGAGGACCAACACGAUGAUGACAAUAUUGACCAUGAGAUAAAGUAUACAGACCUUGUGAAUGAAGUUCUUCCUCCGGAGAUAAGAGUGCUAGCUUGGUCUCCAAUAAAGGUACAACCAGGACUCUCCGAGAGGUUUGACAGCCCCAUCCGUACAUACAAGUAUUUCUUUCCGAGAGGAAAUUUAAACAUACAAAUAAUGGAGGAGGCUGCUCAACACCUCUUGGGUCAUCAUAAUUAUAUCAGUUUAUACAAGAGAGAUUCCAGUAAGGGGCUGCGGUGUCUUUACCGGCAAACCUUCUCUUUUGAAAUUUCUCCGUCGUGCUGUGAUCUGCGAGCAAAAGAUGAUAGCAAACCUGUGUGUGAUCCAGUCGAGUACAUAAGAAUACACACACAGACAGAAAGUGAGAAUGAAAGAGAGACGGAAUCAGAUGAUGAUGUUAUAGACGGUGACCAAGACGGCAGUAGAUUACCCAAGAAGAUAAAACAUUUGCCACAAGACCUAGCAACAUCUACAAUAAAAAAGAAACAAGGAUGUAAAAGAACUCUAAGCAGUGAUGGUUAUGACAUGUGUGUGGCAACCAUUAAGGCUCGGGAAUUCUUGUGGGAUGAAAUACGGAAAGUCAUGGCUGUUCUCUUUCAAAUUGGAGAAGGAAAGGCCAGACCAGAAACUAUAUUAGAGAUUGUGGAUGUAAAAGCUAGUCACAGGACACCACAACCCUCAGUUGCAAGCGAGAUGCCAUUGAACCUCUACCGAACAAACUUUGAAGAAGAAAAUUGGAGAUGGGAUAACAUAGCCUUGCGAUUGGUUAUUUCUCGACUCCAAGCUUUCUGGAGUCAACAGGCAGUUCGAGCCACAUCAUUGAGGCAUACACUUUGGGAUUUUGAAAGCUGUUACUUGGAGAAUGCAUCAAGGUCGACACAGGAGGAAUUAGACACUCAAGAUCUUCCUCAUGACCAGUGUGAGAACCUGAUUGCUCGAGAGAAGGUUCAUGUGUUUUUGUCCCAUUCCAAAAGUGCCAGUGGUGAUCAUAUGUAUUUUGCACAGAAACCAAAUAUAACUGCAGUAGACAGCAAAAAUAAAGAUCAUAUUUAUUCAUCACAAAGACAAACUUUACCUACAGUUAAUACCAAGUAUGAAGAUGAUGCAGACUUCAACCAUACUGCUACACUUCUCCUGAUUGAAUUAAUUAGGCAGAGAUUCCAAAGAUUUCUCUUGAUGCACACAAGACCAACUGUGUAUAAGGAAGUGCAAGAGGAGAUGUGUUUUAGAGGCUUCUCUUUCUCCCUUGAGAAGAUACGAAGAAAGUGGAACAGCCUCAUAUCAACCUAUCAGAAGAUAAAGGAGCGGAGCAGUGAUGACUAUUUGGGGAGAAUAACAUGGAAUUAUUACCAGUUACUGGAUGAUCUGUUAGGCACAACUGUUCUUGCCAUGCCUCCGACUGAUUCUGUCGAGGCUCUGGCCCCAAAACCUCGUGGAGAUUUGAGUCAUCUGCAGGUAAAGAGGCCAUUGGCAGACAUAAAACCAAUCAUAACUAAGAAGUCAACGGCAGAUACUACUAGUGUUCAUGUAGUGCAACCAACACCUACUCAGGCCACACUGCCCCAAGCACCACAUCAGUCCACAGCUCCCAUUACCACCCUGCUUCACCAUGAUGGAGAGUCAAUCUUUGCAACUCAGACCAUAGCCUCAUCUACACUGUCAGAAGAAAAACAUCUAAAAAAUACAUCAGACACAGCUGCCAUCUUCCUGGAAUACAAUCUUCAGCGGGGAGAGAAGAGACUGGACAAGAUAGAACAACAUUUGAUCCACUUGGCAGAAAAGGCAACAAAAAAAAUGGUGUACAGGAGAAAGAAGGAGGAAAGGGAAGAAUUUAACCUCAAAGCUCUAAGAGAUAUUGGGAGAGCUUCAGAGAAAUUGAAGAAUGGAUUGUUAGAAAUUUGAUAUUCACAAAACAUUCUCAAUAACUUCCUGAAUCACUGAUGGUGGUCCAAAAUUGAAACACAUCAAUGUUUUAAUUCUCCAUGAUAUGUUAAACUGGAAAUACUUGAAAGUGUUCAUAUAUAUUUAUUUAAGUUAAAAGAUUAUAUUAAUGUGAAUGUUUACAAGAACAUCUUGAGCUGCAGUGUUUAUACAGAUCUGAAAUUUUGAUUGGUUGUUAUCAUGUAAUAAAGUUAAACCUCAGAGUGAAA